AUGGAAUUGAUUUACAGAAUGGAUGCACGUGAUUUUAUUUUGAUUCAACUUAUUUUAGAUUACAUGAACUGUGAUUUUGAAAGUGAUUGCAGCAUGAACUAUAACUCGAUCAUAUCUGAUGAUGAAAAAGAAUAUUCCUGGAUAUUAGAGAAAGCAGCAGACGACGUAAAUGACGGAAGUUAUAUGCCAAGUUCUGAUGCGACAUACAGAACUAUAAAUACAGGUUCAUAUAUGAGAGCUGACUUUUCCGGUGCCGAGGAAGGUGCUUUAGCUGUGCUGAAGUCACGUGCUAUUGAUGAAACAGAUUCUAUCAAAUGCAUCAACUUUCAAUAUUACAUACAUGGGAAUAAAAACCCUGGAUCAUUAAAGGUUACUGUCAAUAUGGGAGUAAGCGGAUCUGAAGGUUUUGAAGUGCCAGAUGACAAAUUCGAAGACAAAUGGCACAUGUACAAAGUGUCCAUUGCACAUAAUGUACGCUAUUUAGAGUUUGAAGCAGUGAAAGGGAUUGGCGAAGGAACUAUUGCCAUUGAUGACAUCAACUUUACGACAUGUAAUGGUUUAGAUGGGCUAGACGAGUUGGAAUACUGUACGUUUGAAGAUUUGGAGCAAUGUGGAAUCGAUGAUUUCAGUGACGGUUGGAGGAAAGGAAUAGCAAAAGAUUUACCGCAGUAUAUAAAGUUUGAUGCUGAUUUGACCUCAGAUGGAUAUGUCUAUUACAUUACUCCUGCCAUGAUACCAGACCAAAACGAGGCUCUUGUUCGUUUUGAGGUGAAGACGAAUAAAACUGCCUUCCAGUUUUCUUAUAUAUUUACUGGCGAAUCCGCGGCAAAAUUCUUUACUGAAAUAAACGACCAAAGAAAAUACAUCGAUGUUCAGAUUGCAGACGCUUGGAUUGUAUCAGAAUGUAUUUCUGUUCCAAAUGAAUAUGACGGAGAUAUAAUCAUCGGACUUGAGAGUGAAGACAUUGGUGUUAGUUUCCUAGCCAUUGACAAUGUAAGGCUGCUUCAUACAGAAAAUUGUGAAGAAUCAUCUCUUACUUGCAAUUUUGCACUUGAAAAGGAAUGUAAUUUCAAAUCAGAUAAGAGUUCUUGGACAUUUUCGGAUAAGUUCGUGGCUACUAGAUCCGGAGUUUUGCAUGCACCUAUUGUGGUUUCAGAAAAUGGCACGCAACAUUGUUUCGCGUUCAUUUACAAACUUGUAGCAGUUGAUUCAAUUGAUACGCCACCGAAUUUAUAUUUGUACAAAGAUACUGUAGAAUUAUGGAAGAGUCAAGGUCAUGUUGGAUUGCCGACCAAAACUUCAGGACAAGUGACAGUAGACGGGGGUGUUUUAAGGCUACAAUUUGCAAGCAAGGGUUCAGGAUUGUUCGAAAUAUACGAAACAAAAUUGACCUCGGGUGGUUGUGUAAAUAUAGCCGACUGCUCUGAGUUCCUAUGCAGUGAUAAAUGUCUUCCAAACGACAGAAAAUGUGAUAGAACAGUAGAUUGUGUAUCCGGAGAGGACGAAAAUGAAGAUUCGUGUGGAUUCAAAUUCGAUGUAGAUUUUUCGGAAGUUACAACUUUAUCUUCAACUGGAUUUGAAACUCCUCUUACGUCAAACAAUGCAUGGAAGUUGUUGUCCAAUUCAACCAUUGUUGUUGAUGAGUUUGAAAUAAGCAUUUCUGAGCAAAUACUUGUGACAUAUUUUACAAAAGUUAAUCCAAAGCCAAGUAUUCUAGAAUCAUUUGAAUAUCACCUGGAUGAGGAGUCGUGCAUACAGAUAAAUUACUUAAGUGACGCGGCAUUUGGCAAGGUUGAACUUAACUACCAAGCAGAUAACGACGAGAAACACACUGAGACUGUUUUUCAAAUAGAACCGUCCACAUCUACAAGACAUAUUUCUGUGCCUGUCCAAAGUGGUAAUGUAAGAGUCCUAUUGUCAGUAUAUAUGCUAAAGUUACAUCCCAUCUACAGUGGUCAUAUUCAGUCGUCCGCUGUAUUUGCAAUCAAACAAAUCAUAAUGCAUGCUGGGAAAUCAUGUCAAGAACUUUUUGUAGACUGCCCAGAUGACAUUCCAAACAUGUGCUCUGACAAGCGUUCAUGUUACACUGAUGAGAAGAAAUGUGAUUUGAUGCCAAGUUGUUAUGAUAAUUCAGACGAAGUUGAUAAUUGUGGUUAUGGAAUAGUGUGUGAUUUUGAGCAUAAGAACCUUUGCGGGUAUACAAAUAAUACUGUUGCUAGGACGUACUGGGAUGACCGUGACGUCAUAGAAAUGAAACAGAGCCUGUGGGAGCGUACUGCAAGUAUGACAAUUACCAGACCACCCACUGACCAUACCUAUCAAGUUUCUGGUAAAGGUCAUUUUAUGACGUCAAAGAACCAUGAAGGACUAUUGGACGAGAUACGUUACGUUGAUGUUGAGACAAUGACGUCACCAUUCCAGACGUUCAUUGAGGAUGGUUGUGUUACAUUCUGGUACUAUUUAAACAGUACAUCUCAUCAACCAAAGUCCACAUCAGCUCAGAUAUUUGUGUAUUUACAAUAUAAGGACACUACAGAAAAACAAUUGUUGUGGUUCGAUCAUAUCAAUCGACCAUUUCCGACAUGGAGUCAAGGUGGUAUAUCUGUGGAGGGCAACCGUUCAGCCAGGCUGAUUGUAACAGCAAAAACGUCGAUACCGUAUGACGCAUACACCGGCGUUGUUUCUUUUGAUGAUGUUGAAUUUAUAUCAGGAGACUGUCUUAUUCCAAAGCUUGACUGUGACGAAGAUAUGUUCAAAUGCUAUGAGGACAAAGUUUGUAUACCUAGAAGUAUGGUUUGUGACGGUGGUCCUGAUUGUUUAGAUGCUAGUGAUGAACUUCAUUGUGAUCGACCAGACGGUGCAGUGCAGCUAGUUGGCGGGGACGGCACGUACGGAAAACUUGCAUAUUUCUACAAUGGUGUAUGGCGCCCUGUGUGUUACCCUACCACCGACUAUGAACAAUCUUUGUUUAAGUUACAUACAGCACACUAUGUUUGUAAACAACUACACUUCAGGGGGAACUCGGAUGCCUUUAGUUACCGACUAUGGGAACAACAUAGUCCGACACAGAUACAACUUUCGUGUGAGGAAGAUGGUUCGUGUUCUGCACGUGCAACUGUCAAUGAAUGCAACAUGUAUGCCUAUAUAAGAUGUUCAGACGAUGUUUGUUUCUCCGGUGAAAGAUUAUGUCCAGGGACACGUGCUAAAUGUGUUCCUGAGUCGUUCUUUUGUGAUGGUCAGCAGGACUGCCCAGAAAACAUGGACGAGAAACAGUGUUUAUGCUUUGAAGGUGAAGAUAAGUGCUUACAUAUACCCGAUGAGUGUAAAGAUCGACAAUGUGAAACAUGUGAAGAUAGAGAAUCGUUUGAAUGCCAGGAUCACCAAUGUAUACCAUUAAACAACAGAUGUGACGGUGUAAAGCAAUGUUAUGAUGGUACAGACGAAUAUCGUUGUGUUCAAAUUGACAAAGACUUCAAGGUGACAGUAUUCCUUAACUCGACAUUAAACAGAGAAACCGUUUGUGGAGAAGAUGUGGAUCUUGGUGAUGCUGAAAGUUUUUGCAGACUUGCAGGGCAAGGAUAUGUUUCUGAAAUAAGUAUUAGCACAAAUCAAAUAGAGAAGGGUGUCACUGCGAAAGGUUUCAGUGAGAAAUUGUAUGUACUUACCAUAUAUUAUUUUGAAAUUUAUAUCUAUGUACUUCUGUUAUGUCAUGAAUUGCUUGAAAUAUUUUAGAAGAAUAAUUAAUAGUUACGUUAGUAUGUAAGUU